AUGGUGAAGAGUUGGUGCUGUGAGAAGACUCAUCUAAAGAAAGGUGUAUGGAGUCCCGAAGAAGAUCUAAAGUUGAGAUCUUACAUUAAGAAAUAUGGAAUUUGGAACUGGAGUGAGAUGUCAAAAGCUGCUGGUUUGGUUAGGUCUGGAAAAAGUUGCAGACUCCGCUGGAUGAACUACUUAAGGCCAGACAUCAAGCAUGGAAACUUUAGUCAUGAAGAAAAGGAAACCAUUGUCACAUUGCAUGAGACUCUAGGAAACAGAUGGUCUGCAAUAGCAGCAAAACUACCUGGUAGAACAGACAACGAAGUGAAAAAUUACUGGCACACCCACUUGAAGAAACGUUUCUACAAGCAGAUGCAAGACUGUUCUAGUACUAGUGCCACUACUAGUACUGUUUUGGGGAUGGAAUCAGAACCAAAUUUAAAUGACGAAGCAGGCUCUGAUGAUCAGAACAAGAUUAUUAACAAUCUUUCUGAAUCGGCUACUGAUCAACUUUCAGUUCCUCACGAGCCUUUAAUAUCUUCAAAAUUGGAAAGCUCAUCACAAGAAAAUGAACUAAUAAUUUCUACACAAGAUUUCCCUUCAGCAGUGCUUGUUACCUCAGCGCCUACAAAUCAUGAAUUUGGUAACAUUAGACGUGAUAUUGGCCAGAAUGAAGUUAUUAAUACUGAAAGUAAUAACAACGAGAUUGCUAUCAGUAAUAAUCAAUCUCAAACAUUUGAAGAAAUUGAUCAUUGUUUAUGGACUGCACAAGUACCUGUCGUAAAUAAUGGAGGCUUCGAAACCCAGGAAGAUCAUGCUGAUCAAGGAAUUUUUAUAGAUGAUCAUAUGCAUCCUAAUUAUGGUCAAUUUAUGGGACCAAGUAGUAGUAUUUCUGAGACCAUGUGGCCAGAUGAUUUAUACGAAUUUGAAUAUGUCUGCAAUGAUUGGGUGAAUUAUAUGGAUAACAUAUUCUGAAAGUGGUAGCUAGGAGUGUACUAUAUAUAAAUAUAUUUGUAUAUGUAAUCUCAUGAUGUAUGUCAAAAAAAACGUGUAUAUAUGUAUA